GAGCUUGUAAUGCAGAGUGUGUGCAGCUGCUUCAUCAGGGUCACGUGGUUUAUGAGCGACGUUUGCAGUCCCAGCCGCGAAGGCAGCGAAGGGGUGAAGAACCGGACGAACACGUUGAUCGUGUCUGCCUGCUUUACUUCUCGCCACUCUAAAACGCAGCGCAUACCCACUUGCGACCAAUCGCUGCGGGAGGCAUCCGCCAUUAAAUUACAAACGCUCCCCAUGGUUUUAGUUCGACCCUCUGUACAAUCAAGGCUCUCUACUGCUCGCUCAUGUUUGUUUUUUGGCGUGCGCGGUGAAGCUGGGAAGGCAACGAAGGUUACAUUCCUCCGGCGCCAUCUUGGCGUGUUAUCUUGCUUCGGUGAGCGGUGUGCCUGGUCGUGUGCUCUCGGUCGCGUCUGGGCGGUGUGUCUGGACUCUGGCACGAGUGUCGUGGACGGCGGCGUCGCCAUGAGCAUGAUCAAGCGCGUGAUGGUGAACCGGCGGCCGGCGGCGUCGCGGGUGCCCGAGCGUCGGCUGUGCAACUACAUGCACCGGGUGUGCCUGCAGGGACGCGUCGAGGGCUACGAGUACUGCACGCGGCACAUCCUGGAGGACAAGACUGCGCCGUUUCGCCAGUGCGCGUACACGCACGCCCAGAGCGGCCGGCGCUGCGCGUACGCGGCCCCGAAGACGGACAAGCGCGAGUCCCUGUGCCAGUUCCACGCGCGCAAGGCGCUGCAGCACCGGCGCUCGUCCAGCAAAAAGCAGCACCUGGUCGAGACGCCGCAGAAAGUGAUCGAGGCGCUGGAGCACUACUGCCGGGACCCCCAGCACUCGGUCGAUCAGUCGGACACGGCGCGCAACACGGUCAAAUUCUACGACGUGGAGAGCGACGACGACACGCUCGCCGACGACCGCCAAUUCGCGGGCGACAGCGAUGCGGACAGCGUGGACACCGAGGCCGAGGACCCGCUGCGCCACGCCGGCGCCUUCACGGUCGAAGAGGCGGCCAGCAUCACGCGCGACAAGCUGGUGCGCCUCCAGUCGCUCUACCUGGGCCAGUUCCGGAGGCUGCGCCACGUGCUGGCGGACAGGCGGCGGGAGUACAUGCGCGAGCGCGGCGGGCCCGGCCGGGACCUGGCGUCUCCGCAGGACGAGGCCCAGUACCGCCGCUACAGGGCCUACUACCGCUACCACCGCUGCCACGGCGCCGAAGCCGUGCUGCGGAGCCGCCUGAAGGCCAGGCAGCGGGCCGACGGGCCGCCCAGCCGCAAGCUGUGCGCGCACCCGGCCUGCGCCCGAGCAGCGCUGCCGCUGGCCAAGCUGUGCCGCCAGCACAUCCUGCACGACCGCCGGCAGCAGCUGUACGAGAGCUGCCCGGACUGUUCGGCCGCCUUCCUGCGCGUGCGCGGUCCUGGGGACAGCUGCCUGCUGCACACGGCGCCCAUGCCCGCGCUGCCCACCUUCUCCGAGCCCCUGCCGGACUUGCCGGACAUGGACCAGUUCCAGUCCAUGGACGACAUCGCGGCGCUGGGGCUGGAUGUGGUCCAGCCGGGUUCCCUGUUCGGCCUCAACCAGUUCGGCGACCCCGGAGAGUCGACCGACUCGGCGCUGUCCGACGACGGAGGCCCUAUCCUGGCGCUACCCGCCGACAUCCUCGCGGACGUGGUCAAGUGACGGCCGCCCUCGCGCAUCGACGAGCUGGACCACAGCCCCGCGAGAAACGAUGGCCUGCAGUGGCUCCGCCGGGGAUCUUCGGACGUUGCGUCGGGCUAGCAUCGAGGAGCUGGACUGUGGUGCGCGCCACUAGUCCUGACAACGUUGCGCGCUGUGUGUGAAGCUCCGUAGCCCAGCUUCUCGCGGGAUUCCUGCUCGAGACCAGCUUUCUUUGCUCGAGCACGCCCGCAGGUGCUGCUUUCCGAGCCAGUAAAGCCUUGACUGAAGCGCAGCCUGGAGUCUCCCUCCGCACCAAUUCCUCUCAAUGAAAGCGCACAAUUGCAGGAAGAUGCCAAUUUUUCAUUAGGAUUGUCUCAUUGUGCGGGCUGUUGUGAAGACUGCGUAAAAUUAAGACCAAUAAAGGUCAUCUCAAUCGACGAAA